AUGAAGCUGCACUACGACCAACCCGAAGCCACAGAAGGGAUGACCAGAGAUACCAAUAAAUGUUUACCAAUUGAGCUGCCCCAAAGAUGGAGCCAGCAUGUCAUUCCACUUGUCCUAGACAAGUUCUCGAUUGGUCUAAAGACCAGCAACAUCUUUGCCACAGUCACUCGGAUGGUUUCGAUGGCCAAGCAGGGUUCUCCAGUAUACGCAGUCUCCGACGCCGUCGCCUGUGCUUAUCGGGCAAGUGUUACAGGAUCUGCUGAUGCAAGGUCGAAUAUGGUUCAUGCAUACGGAAAUGCCCUACGGACUGUGAAGACGGCUUUAGAUGAUCCGGUGGAGUAUAAGGAAGACAGUACUUUAUUAGCUGUGUGGAUGUUUGUCGUCUAUGAGUUCCUCUCGAAUGCGCGUCUUACUACGAUUGCAGGCUCUGAACAGGGAGAUCGACACUGCCAGGGAAUGGCUUCGUUAAUCGCUCUGCGUGGCCCCGAACAGUAUACUAUACGACCGGGACGGGAUCUCGUCUGCAAGCAAAAGCACUCAUCGCCAGACGAGAAUCUCCUCCCGAGGUCCUUACUUGGCUCCAUCGAUUAG